AUGGAGAAUAUGGAGGUAUCUCAGCAGACUAAAUCCACAAUAUUGUCUGUUCCCUCGCCGACCGCGACACAUACUGCCUGUGUUAACGGCGCACGUUUGCAAAUCCGAUGCCUCAACACCUUUGAGGUGAUCCGUAAUAUCGCCCUUCCAUCCAGCCAUGAUUUGCGCUCGUCGAAAAUUACCUGGUCACCACCGGCCAUCCCGCUCUUGACCUCAUCGACAUGCACAUCCUCACCCACCACCACACCUCCCCGUCGCUCAUCACGGACACCACGUCCCUGCUCGAACCGCGUCCUCAUAUCCGACGACGACACAACGCGCGUUUACGAUCUCCGCGACGAGAAAUGGAAUGCUGUAAUCAGCAAUGGCUCGGGUGGCAUGGGCAAGAACGUCCAUGUUGAGUUUGGAGGGACAGAGGACGAAGUGCUUGUCUGGACCGACUUUACCGCUUGUAUUAAGAUCUGGUGCUUGAAGACGGGUAGGGUAGUGGAGAUACGUGAUCCGAAGUUUCCUGGUAAAGAUGGCAAAGGCUGGGGCUACCGACCUGCUGACGAUACUGGAUUGAGGAACGGAAGGGGACAAGGGCGUGUUUUGGCAUUGUUAUGUCGUGGAUCAGGGACCGAUAUCUUAUUACUUCUUGCACCACAGACGUAUAAGCUUCUGAGCCGAGUCGAACUCCCUACUACAGACGCCGCUGGUCUGAGAUGGAGUCGCGACGGGCGCUGGCUAGCCAUCUGGGACGCUGCGUCUGCGGGCUACAAGCUCUGCAUAUACACGGCCGACGGGCAUUUGUACCGCACCAUAAUCCGCGAAGCAUCCGAGGACGUCAGCGAAUGGGAUGUAGAAGGCCUAGGCAUCAAGAGCCUGGAAUGGGUCCCCGGACACGAACGUCUCGCAGUUGGCGGCUGGGACCGUCGUGUUCGCAUCCUUUCUACACGCACAUUCGCACCCAUCCUAUUCCUCGACCACACACCCGUCAUCGACGUACCCAGCGCACCCGUAUAUACAGAGCAAGUCGACAACCUGGGCACCCGCAGUUUCACACUCACACCGCAACCCGCCACACCCCCCAAAGCCGCUUUAGAAAAGAACGAAAACGCGCUCCUAAAACAGGGCAUCGGCAUGCUCAGCUUCAACACAGAAGGCACAAUGUGCGCAAGCAGAGACGACAGCACCCCCUGCACAGUCUGGAUCUGGGACUUGCGCAGUCUACGUCCCCGCUCAAUCCUCAUCAUGUACGCGUCUGUGAAAGCGCUGCUCUGGCACCCUAGCGACCCCAAUCGUCUCCUUAUCCAGACGGCGCACGACGAACCCGUAGUGUACUUGUACACUGCCUCUCAGCGCUCCCACCCGACGUCGUCUUCAUCGGCGAAUUCAUCCGCGACUACGCAACAGCCUCCUGCCAUCCUCUCGUUAUCCCCUCACAUUGCUAAACCCACUGUCGCGACCCCAGCGCGUUGGACGAUAUCCUGGCUCUGCGGCCCUGACGCUGGUAAUAAGAAACCUUGUUUCGCGCUCGCGCAUACCCAGGCCUCCGUUGUCGUGUGGCCCGAGGGCAAAGACCAGAUUCUGCGGUUUGAACCUGAAGAUGGAGAUGAAGAGGGCGAGGGCGAAGAAGAAGAGGGGUCAGAUGAUAGUUUGUACGACAUACUAACUGGAAGGACGCCGGUACCGGGUACGAGGGAUAGCAUGGAGGAAGAUGGGUUUGGAGAUAGUACGGGUACGGUGCAAGAGCUAGACGAUACGUUUAGAUCGCGGCGACGACAUGCACAGGAAGAUGAGGAUGGACAUGAGGAGCACGAGCACGAGCACGAGUACUUUGAAGAAGGCGUCUUGGGAGAUAGCGGUAUGAGUGAAAUGUUUUGA